AUGGCGGGCACUGGUGGCUCGCUGCUGCGCGGCUUCCUGUCCCUCUUCUUCCUCCUGUUCCUCCACAUUGGCCACGCCAGCUGCUGCUUCUCCCCCGGCCCUGCCGCGCGGGCGCGGGAGGAGGACGAAGCAGCGGACGCCGAUGGCGAUGGGAAGGUAGGUGGCGGAGGUGGGAGCAGUAAGAGGAGGAAGAUAUCGCCGUUGAUCUUCUCCCCGGCAGCGUCGUCCUCUGCCGUUACCAGCGACAGUGUCAGAGGUAAGGACGAAAACAGACGAAAACGAACGAAAAAUAGCUCUACCAUUUUUAUUUUCAUAAUUUUUUAUGGAACCGGGAGCGGAAACAGUAGCGGGAUAAACAGUAAUGCAAAAACGGAUAAAUACGAUCGAAAAAUGGACUUAAAAGAACGAUAUGUGGGAACUUAA